AUGGCUCGAGGGCAGGAAGCGGAUGCACACGGCGCAAGCCAAGUGACGACGCCGCUGGCGCUGGACAGCGCACAGGACGUGGCCGAGGCGCACGCGCGUCUCGGCGUAGACGACGAUAGCGCGGUGAAACUCGACGCGCUGGGACCGGUCAUCGUAAAUACGGACGGCACACUCGCGCGCGUGCCGAAUUGGCAUGCAAUGCAUCAAGACGAAAAGGACCGCACAUCGCGCAUUAUCGCCGCACGGAACAAGAGACGCCUGGAGCAGCUGCGUGGCGAGACGCCUGCGGAUCAUAGAACCACGGACCACACACAGCACCGCAGUGGUGGCAACAUGUUUGUCGAAACGCCGGUGAUGCGUUUGCAAUGGUACCGCGAAUUGGUGCAGGAGCAGGCGUCGUUUGCGCCGCAGCCACAGUAUGCUCCAGCGCCACUUCGAGACAGCGAUACACAACACGGGCUUUUAGCAAUGCCUUCGCAUAUGGCUUUCCAGGCAACGCACUACCCUACUGCAUCGUCACCGCCGCGCGCGAUUUCACGCUCGAUGCCUCACGAUGCGGGGCAUCUCGAUACGUCGCUGUCGCCUUUGGACAAGUACAAAAAGCCUGUACUUGUCCGCCCAGCGCCAGUCGAUGCAGAGCACCAUGUGAGGCCGCACAUUUCGAGGGACGUGGAGUCUGCAAAAGCUGGACACCGGCUCCGCUUUGACAAGGACAACCGCCUUGUGAGGUACGUUGCGCCGCAUCUCACACACAGCUACGCUGAGCAUGCCGCGCCGCACCGCAUGGCUUGA